AUGGCAGACGAUCUUGGAACGAACCUUGUCCAGCUACAAGACCUAAAGAACGGGGUCCUAUUAAUCAAACUCAACAAACCACAGUCAGGGAAUUCUUUACACCCCGUUCUCCUUGCCGAUUUACGUCAAGUCAUUCAAUGGGCAAAUCAACAAAACACCGUCCAAAUUAUUGUUUUGACUGGAAAUGGCCCUUUCUUCUGUACCGGCAUGGAAUUAAUAAGUGAUGAGGAGAUCUCCUUUGCACUAGGUGCAGACUUCCAUCAACUUAAUAAGGAGCUGAUCUUAUCUGAGAAGAUCUUAAUCGCUGCGGUAAAUGGCCCUGCUGUAGGAUAUGGUACCACCUGCCUUGCGUUAUUUGAUCUGGUCUAUUCCGUCCCAGAGGCUUACUUCUUCCUUCCAUUUAUCAAAUGGGGAUUUCUUCCGGAGGCCACUGCAAGCUUCAGCUUUGGGAGAAUGAUGGGCCACCAGAGAGCAUCAUCAUUGUUUCUGACAGGGGAGCGCAUCUUCGCCCCGGAGGCAGAACGGUUGGGCCUUGUCAGCAGAGUUCUUCUAUCUGAGAACUUCCUAGGACAGGUCCUAGCAAUUGCAGAUAGUAUCGACCGUUCGCCUGGUGGCUCUCUCCAAGCAACAAAGCGAUUGAUGAAACACCCACUCGUGAAGGAUUUGCUGGACACAAAUGAUCGUGAAUGCCGUCUGCUUCAGGAAGAGAGAAUGUCCAGUGAUAAUGUCAAAUAUGCAAAGGAGCAAUUCAAGAUUGAACGAGGCCGAAAACGCCGGGAGAGACAGGAGGUCAAGGCGUCACUGUGA